AUGGAUUCUUCAUCGUCUCCCACAACAGAUGAACUUUCCGAUCGUGUUUGUUGGGUCUGUCUAGAAUCCGGAUUAAGUGACAAACAGAACGAUCCGUGGUGUCAUCCUUGUCGAUGUCGAGGUGCGCUUAAAUGGGUGCAUCAUCAUUGUUUGCAGCGGUGGAUUGAUGAACAACACGCCGGUCAAAGUACUUCCGUUCCGGUCUCCUGUCGUAUCUGUGGAACUCAAUAUGAGAUCCUUUAUCCCGAAGCCAGUCCGUUCUAUAUACUUCUUGAAGCAGUGGACGCGCGAACCCGAAUAAUAUCAUAUUAUUUAGCUGGUGGUUUGGUUCUGGCCUCUUUUUAUUGGUCGGCUGUCACCUAUGGAGCUAUCACUGUGAUGCAGGCGAUGGGUCACCGUCAAGGACUGCGCACAAUGGAACAAGCUGAUCCCCUUCUUCUGAUCCUCGGACUUCCCACAAUUCCAGUUUGUUUGCUUUUAGCUAAAACCAUCCCAUGGGAGCGAGCUUUGCGCUCCAUUUGGCGCCAUCAUAUUCGUCGAUGGGCGAUCGUGCGCUGGUUUUCCAGUAAAACCUCACCAACGUGGCCAGUGCGAGAGGAAGCCAUGGAACCGGGUAGUGAGGGCUAUGAAUUCCCCCGUUUCCUUUGCAGUGCCCUCGCCUUGCCCACUGUAGCUUCGGUGACUGGCAGAAUUCUAUUCCGUCCAGUACGAUCAGAUUUUCAUAGAAUAUUGUUGGUACUGUUCUACUAUGUGCAUGGUGCAAUACUACUUUGUGCUAUUUCUACUCUUGCCGAUUUUCCGCUGCAUUUACAGGGUGGACUAACCUACCUCGGAAUUAAAGGCUUACUGUCCGUCUCAUAUCAAGAAAUGCGUUACACACGGGCAUGCAACCGUACGGUGAAGGAUUUCGAAGCACGGGAAUAA